UCUAAGCUUGGUGGCUUUUUGUCGUCGGUUUUUCUCACUGAAUAAAGACCCUGCUGUCGCCUGGAUUUGACUUCAUUUAAAGUCGUUUAGUUGAUAGGUAGACGACCGCCGUCGUUUUCUUUCUCCUUUUUUCAAUGUGAGGGAAAACGCAGUUAAGCGCUGCACGUUUUCUAACUGGUUAUAAUGCUUUAGCAAGCCACGUUUGAAAUAAUCCUAGCUGGCUAAGUUAGUUAGCUAGCUAGCCACUUAGCCGAACCGGCCACUGUUGAUUAUUCACGCAAGGGAAAACACAUGGAUACCUAAGACGAAAAAGGUUGGAGAGUGAAACAGAGUUUGACAUGGAUUCCCAAAAUACUCUGGACUCAUUUGAGGAUAACCGGAUGAGGGAAUCAGAACAGAGCCCACUGUCUCACCACAGAGACAGGAAGGAUUCAGACUCAUCCUUCCAGCCAGGAAAACAGAACGGGAAGUUUCACGAGGAUGUUGAGAGCUCAUCAUUGGAUCGAGCCCGGACCAGAACACGAGAGCCAAAGCAGGACCCGGAUCAGGACCGGAUCAGUGAGGGAGAACAUAGCAGUGCCUCCUUCUACUCAGAUGAUUAUGAGAACGUUUCGCAGUCUGAGAGGUCCUUCUCACCACAGUCUCCCUUACUGUCAGCACACAGAGCAGGGAGGGCUCGAAGGGUCUCCAGCAGCCCCUUGCACCGAACAGGUGUGCGUAAGGGUGUGCCUCGUCGUCCAGGUCCUCAGGCCUAUCACCCACAGCAGCGCUCCAGUGGUUUUCGCUCUCAGAGCAUCAGUAAAGACACCCCUCCAAAGGAUCUGGACCUGGUGACCAAGCGGCUGCUGUCUGCACGCCUGCUGAAAAUCAGUGAGUUGAAAAACGCACUGUCCGAACUGCGGGUGCACGCCGACGAGCUACAACGUGAGAACCGCCUGCUCCGGCAGCUGCAGCUGCGGCACGAGAAAGCGUUGCAGCGCUAUAGUGACACAGAGAGUGAAAUAUCUCAGCUUAUCUCCCGGCACAACAACGAGACUCAUGCAUUACGUGAAAGGCUGCGGCGCAGUCAGGAGAGAGAGCGCACAGCAGAGCGCAGCUACAGAGAGGCAGAUGCACAGCUCCAGCGCUGUCGCAGCCAACUGCAAAAACUGCAGCAACUUGCAGACGACCAGAAUCUAGGGGAAAGAGAGGAACUGUCCCGCAAAUUGACCCAUGCUCAGGCCAAAGCACAGGAGAGCGAGCGCAGAGUCAAAGAGUUGGAAAAGAACAUGGAGCUGAAUAAUGGGAGCUUUCAGAGGCAGCUAGCUAGUGAGCGUAGGAAAACCCACGAAGCACUACAGGAAGCCCAAACGCUACGAGAGGAAGUGGAGAGACUCAGUGCCAAAUUAAAGGAGAAGGAGAGGGAGUUGGACGCUAGGAACAUUUACGCUAACAGAAUCCUGAGAACAACUUCAAAGAAAGAAUCUGAAAACUUCACCAAGAGAAAAGGUCCCCUUAGGAACAGUAGCAAAGCUGUGCAGACUGAGGAAAGGGCAGCGUCACUCGACUUCCCCUCUCCUCCUCCUGCUAUCACAGAUGGAAGUGAGCUUCCCCCUGAUGACCACGCUGAUGACUACCUAUCUCUGAAGGUCCGACGGCCUACUCUGAAUCAGAAUCGGAGGAUAAAAAAGCAGGAGCUGCAAAGCAGUGAACAGAGACAGAAGGAGGCAGAAGAAUGGAGAAUUCAGGAGAUGGAGAGAGAGAGAGAAAGAGCACGUGCCAGAGAGACGGAGCAUGCCUUUGCACGGGAGAGGGAGAAAGAGAAAGAAAGUGAGCGACUUAGGGAAAAAGAGAGAAAACUGGAGAAAGAGAAAGAAAGACAUAUGGCAGAGAAGCAGAGAGCAGAUCAAGAAUUCAAUUCAGAUGAAGAGAAGGGAACAAGCCAAAGAGAUGAGUGGGACAGAGGAGAGGGGAACAGCAAGAGGAGGAGCCAGUAUCAGAGCGAGGAAGAGAAAAGGAAACCUCGGGAACAGGUAGAGGAAGAGCAGUGGAUGAGAGAACAGGAGAUUCAGGCCAAUCAGGAGCGUGCAGAGGACGAGCGCCGACGUAAAGAGCAGCUCUUGGCUAAGAUGCAUGAGAUCGACAUGCAGGCUCAGGGACAGGACUCAGACUUCUUCUCAGAUGAGACAGGAAGCCUUCGCUCUCCUCCGCGGCUGUCCGAACCACAAAACCAGAAUGCCUCCAUCUUUAGCUUCACGCAGCCUGAGGAGGGUCUGAGCACACCUGGAGCUGGGAAAAGGGGUGGAGCUCUCAGAGUGCAGAGAACCAAUCAAGAUCUUGAUUUUGCUUUUGGCAGUUACGAACCCUCAUUUGGUAAACCUGCCCCAAGAGCAGGCCAUGGUCAUCACAACCAGAGCCAGACCUAUGGCCAGCUGCCAGGUGAAGAAGAUACAGGGCUAGACCUCAAUGGACUAGUGAAAGAGAGGAAGUCCAACCUGAUGCAGCAGUUGUUUGGCUCAACAGCCUCCUCUCCUCCCCCUGACCCAUCCCGCAAGAUGGAGCUACUGAGCUCGCCCAGCACACCCAAACCUAUAUCUGGAGUCCUGAGUGGACGCCGGAGGGACGUGGAGACACCAAACAGGCUCAAUGACAGCACCCUCUCUUUCAGCAAGAGUGUUCUCCAGGUUUCUGAGAGUCGCCCUGCUGUUAGGGCCAUUACAUCAUUCGAUGAUGAUAUCGAAGAGGUCACAUUAUGAAACAGAGAUGUUUUUCACAACAUCACAAAUAGAACAGUUCAUUUCCUGGAACAUAUAGAGAGAUAAAAAAGAUGUUCUCAAACUUAAGUAGAUGAGGUUCCAUCUUUAUGAAAUAUUUUGAGAUAAAACCAAGCUCAGUGGAUAUCAUACUUCAGAGCUGCUGCUGUUAGUCUUUUGAUAGAGUAAUUCAAGGAAACUUUCUUUUGUGUAAUGUGCUCUAGCAGAACAUGACCUGUAUGAAGCUCAUUACACACCAUUAUACUAUACAGUGUUGAAUGUAUUAGUUUUGUACCCUUUCUAGGCCCAAAGUUUGUAUUAAGCAAACACUGAGAAACUGACAUGGUGUGAUUAUUUUUUGUGAGCUGCUCUAGGCUUCUCCAAGAAUUUCACUUCUGCUCUGAGUGAGAUUAUACUAGGCUGAUAUUUUGAAAUUUUUGUAUAAUUCUGUUGUUGAGAUUGUUAUUCAGAGUGGUUUGAUGUGAGAAGAUUCACUGUAGAGAAGUGUAAUGCCUUGUUUACAGUGGUGGGGAUAGGAACCAGGGGUCAUGAAGUCUACCACUUAAAUAUAGCCAUUUCAUUUACUAUCUAAAAUAACCAGUGAGCCAAAUGACUUCUGAGUUCUUAUAUGUAAUGUUGAUAAUGGAUUUAUCAUGCUUUAUAUCAUUCUAUUUAUUUUUCUUUCCUAUAUAUACCUCUCUACCAUAAAUAGAUUUUUAAAAAUGGUUUAGGCCAAAAGCAGGCAAGUGUAUUUGUAAACACUUAGUGUAAUAACUUCUUGUGAUGUAUCUUUUAGGGAAAUUAAACACUUAAUGAAGAAAUAAUAAUCACUUUAGGUACAUCUAUAACUGAGCCCUACAUUUUAAGUGGCCACUGUGUGGCCUGGCUCACUCAGGCUAGAGCUUAGUCUUUUAUGUCCUUUGAAGCUGAUUCACCACGUUAUCUUCAAAUCACAACAAAUGUCAGUGAGGGCCCAGGAUGCCAACAACACUGCACUGUUAAGAUCAUCAACUGUUCAUCAACAUCAUGUGUUCUAAAUUAUACUUUUUGGUCAACUAACUAGACCUUUGUUAAGUAGCACUCAUGAAACUGAAAUGUGUUUGAGGAUAGAAACUAUAGCAGCCAAAAUAUUCUGAAAGAAUGUGCACUCAUCCAUUGAAACUGGCUAGAUGUUCAUUGAGAGUCAAAACAGUAAUGAAGGGUAAGAUCAUGACUUGGAGCAUUAGAUAUAUGUUGAAAUAGUAUAUUUUUCAUGUCUUUAUUAUUCAUGACCAGUUUGUUUCUGAUAAUAAUAUAUUGUAUAAUGAAAUGAAAGUACUUUACCUUCUACUUUGAUUGGUCUGUAAAACCCCAAAUGUAUGGAUGUGGGGAGGUUCUAAAUUUUGAGCUCUGUUGACUUUAGCCUUUUAGCCUUUUAUCCUUGCUUGAGCACUUGUGAUAUGUUUAGUUUUACAGAAAGAGAGCUGUGAUGUAAUUUAUAUAAUUUUGUAUUUAGUAUGUAUUGCAACAUCCAUGUGUAUUAAAAACAAAACGGAAAUGAGGUAGUAUGACAUGUAUUUAAAAUAUCUCAGUGGAAAUAAUAACCUGGAAAGAGAACUGUAUUUAUUCUGUACUGAUUAUAGUCGCCAUGAGCUAAAUACUGAAAUUCAUGCAGGACCAAUCCAUUUGAAGCUCUGGACUGUAAAAUUAAUUUAAAAACUUCUCUAUGGCUAUUUACAUUUAAAGAAAUUGUUGCAUUUACUUAUUCCUUAAUGCAUGAUGAUCAUGCUUAAAUCAUAUUUAUGUCCAGAAUGUAAAACAACCACACUUACUAACCUUUUGAAAACAUGUCUCAUGUGGGUUUCAUAUUUGCAGAUUUGCUUGGAUAAUUUAUCCUUGUAAGAUCCUUGAUGUAUCAGUGUUCAGUGUCUUUUUGUGGCAUUUAAAUUUUGGGGGGUUUAUUUGUUUUUAAUUAUUGGAUCAUUUUGUAUAUGUGUAGUAAAGUAUACCUGUUUUUACGUUUUUAAGUAAAGAAUGUAAUAGUG